GCCUCUAAUCAUUAAAUUGACCGUGAUCAAGAAUAGAUAUACAUAUAUGUUCGUACGUUUUCCUUUGCAGUGCGCUGAGGAGUCGUAGCACUGACACCUGUCCGCGCAACACCUGGCAGACGGGGCGGGUGGUGUGCGCAUGCGCAUGCGCCGUCGUCAGGUCGCGCGUCUCUUAAACCGCUCGGCUCGGCACCUCCCCGUCAGUGGAGAUCCGGUCUUUGCGGUGUUUGCAGCGGGCAGCGCAGUCCACCGUCGAGGUCUCCGCUCCGCACGCAGCUGGACGGAUUGUCCGCGCCUGGCGCGCGCUCCCAUCCGAGAUGCCGCGCUCCUUCAUGGUGAAGAGCAAGAAGGCGCACAGUUACCACCAACCGCGGAGUUUGGAGGAUGACUACAGCAGGCUGGACACAAUACUGUCGCACAUUUGCUCAGACUCCGACAGGCUCCAAGAGGACUCCGACGUGUCGGUGGACAGGUACGGCCUCUCUCCGGACUCCCACUCGGCCGACGCGGCGGAUUUCUCCCCGAAGUCGCCGCUGAGCCUCGCGGACAGUGUGUGCGGUCGCUCCCCGGUCUACGAGGACUUCUGGAGGCCUCCGUCCCCCUCCGCGUCCCCCGUGGAUUCUGAGAAAUCCCUCUCGCCUCUGGUGGAUGAGACGCGGCCCUUCGCCAUUCCCUUCCGGCCGUAUGCCUGGAGCAGCUACACGCCGCCGGGGCUGAGGCCCCUGGUGCAGCAGAGCCUCCACACGGGGAUGGAGGCGGAAAGGGCCCCGGCGGCGUUGGCCUUCUACGGGGACAGGAGCGCGCACUCGGCCCUGUACGCAGAGCGGACCAUGGGCGAGGAGACGUACGGUGACUACAGGAGGCACAACGCGGCCCUGCUGUUCCCCGACGGAGGCCUGCACGAAAAAGCGCGCAGCGCGAAGGCGCAGUCCGACCUGCUGUGCUCCAGUCUGACCCUCAAUGGCGCUUACAAGUGUAUCAAGUGCAGCAAGGUGUUUUCCACUCCACACGGGUUGGAGGUUCACGUGCGCAGAUCGCACAGUGGCACCAGGCCGUUUGCGUGCGAAAUCUGCGGCAAAACGUUCGGACACGGAGUCAGUCUGGAACAACACAAAGCUGUGCACUCUCAGGAGAGAAGUUUCGACUGCAAGAUUUGCGGCAAAAGUUUUAAGAGGUCGUCCACCCUGUCGACGCACCUGCUCAUCCACUCGGACACCAGGCCGUACCCCUGCCAGUACUGCGGCAAGAGGUUCCAUCAGAAGUCCGACAUGAAGAAACACACGUUCAUCCACACAGGUGAGAAGCCACACAAAUGCCAGGUGUGCGGGAAAGCGUUCAGCCAGAGCUCCAACCUCAUCACGCACAGCAGGAAACACACCGGCUACAAACCGUUCUGCUGCGACCUGUGCGGCAAAGGCUUCCAGAGAAAAGUGGACCUGAGGAGACACAAAGAGACGCAGCACGGGCUGAAGUGAAGCCACCCCAUGCGCACAUGACGUCAUGUAAUCUGACUUUUGUAUUGGACUGGUUAUUCUUGAAAGGAGUGAGGACGUCUGACGGAGACAUUUUUUUAUUCCAAUCGCCCCGUUUGAGGAUAAUCCCAAAGACUCACUUUGGUCCGCUUCGGAAAAGUCUUAAUGUAAAGAACUGCGAUGGGAAUGUACAUAUAUAUAUAUAUAGCUCUCUCUCUCUAUAUAUAUAUACAAUUGUCUCCUCCGAUAGGCAGAUCAAUUAUUUAUUUUAAUAAAGAAAACUCACGAAUAAGAGUUGUUCUGACGGAGACACUAAUUAUUCUACCAUCCUGCUGAUUGUUAUAAAGGUCCAUAAAACCAGGGAUAAGCUGUGAAUUGUGCUGAAGCGUAAUUAAAUAUAUCAUGAAAGAAUCAGCCAUUGGGCAAUAAACCCCAAAUAGUGAAAUGAAAGAACCGGAUCGACGAGUUGAAGCCAACAGAGAUGGAAAUCUGGGUUUCUUCAAAUGAUCGACGUCUUUUGGUUUUAGUGUGGAGACAUGAUGGCAAAACAGACUGUGUGAUUUAAUAAACAGGAGGGUUACUGCCUUACUCACGAAAUUUUCCAUUUUGCACAUUUUAUUGACGUGAUGAAUAAAUAGUUUCCCCAGGAAAGAAAAUCAGAA